AUGUUAGAUAUUCAGCGAAUACCCUUUUACUCUGGGCAGGAUAUGACUUCCAAAUUAAAUUUCUGUGGACUACUAAGUUUGGACAAACUGGCAGAUUACCGCGUUAAUUACAAAGCAACAAUUGAGUUCUUAGAAGAAAGGUAUUGUCUAGAGGACUCGCAUAUGGGGCGGAAAUUGAUAACGACAGAGCUGCUUGUCAUGGACUGUCUCAAAUGCAGUGCGGGUGUUGAUCCUGCUGUUCAUGUUAAUGGUGUUGCGGACCUGGUUUUGAUUGGCUCGUGA